AUGUCACAAACAGUACGGGACCCAGCGUUGAUCCCUGUGCAUCCCCGUUCUCUGGAGGGAUAUGUUGGAUUCGCAAAUCUCCCGAAUCAAGUAUACCGCAAGUCAGUGAAACGGGGAUUUGAGUUCACGCUCAUGGUUGUGGGGGAAUCAGGACUUGGCAAAUCAACUUUGAUCAAUUCGCUCUUCCUGUCAGACUUGUACUCCAAGGAAUACCCUGGGCCCUCCCUCAGGAUCAAGAAGACUGUCCAGGUUGAACAGGUAAAGGUUCUGGUUAAAGAAGGUGGUGUGCAACUCACACUGACUAUUGUUGACACCCCAGGAUUUGGAGAUGCAGUGGACAACAGUAACUGUUGGCAGCCAGUCAUCAAUUACAUUGACAGCAAGUUUGAAGAUUUCCUCAACUCUGAGUCGCGAGUUAACCGCCGCCAAAUGGCUGACACCCGUGUUCACUGCUGUUUAUAUUUCAUUGCUCCAUCUGGACAUGGGCUGAAGCCUUUGGACAUUGAAUUUAUGAAACGUUUACAUGACAAGGUGAAUAUUAUUCCACUCAUAGCUAAAGCAGACACUCUCACCCCUGAGGAGUGCCAACACUUCAAGAAGCAGGUAAUGAAAGAGAUCAAGGAGCAGAACAUUAAGAUUUAUGAAUUUCCAGUUACUGAAGAUGAUGAAGAUAAUAAAUUGAUAAAGAAGUUUAAGGACCAUGUACCACUGGCAGUCGUUGGAAGUACUCUCGUCUUUGAGGUCAAUGGGCGAAAGGUUAGAGGUCGCCAGUAUCCAUGGGGAGUUGCAGAAGUUGAAAAUGGAGAGCACUGUGAUUUCUCUCUCCUGCGCAACAUGCUGAUCAGGACACACAUGCAAGAUCUGAAAGAUAUCACCAACAACGUCCACUAUGAGAAUUACCGGAGUCGCAAGUUGGCUGCAGUGACUGGUAAUGGGAUCGAUGCCAGUAAGACGAAGGGACCCCUCACUAGGAGUCCAUUGGCUGAAAUGGAGGAUGAACGUCGGGAGCAUGUGGCCAAAAUGAAGAAAAUGGAGACAGAGAUGGAGCAGGUCUUCGAGAUGAAGGUUAAAGAGAAAAAGCAGAAGCUGAAGGACUCUGAAAAUGAGCUGCAGCGUCGGCAUGAGCAGAUGAAGAAAAAUUUGGAGGCACAAUACAAGGAGCUUGAAGAAAAACGUAAGCAGUUUGAGGAGGAGAAAGCAGCCUGGGAGAUGGAGCAGCGUGUAUUGGAACAGCAGAGGCUCGAUUCAUCAAAAACAAUGGAGAAAAACAAAAAGAAAGGCAAGAUUUUCUGAGGUUGUCCAAAUAUUUCUGGCUGACAUCAUUAUCCACCCUGCAGCUUCUGGGCGUCAAUAAAUGCCACUGAUCACACAUUUCCAGAACUGUCUUUGUCCUACCGGACUGCUGAUGAAAUGGUGAAUAUACACCAGAUCAAGACCACACGCUUCUUCACUGAGCCUCUUGAUGUAGUUAAACUCCAUGCUGUUUGGUGUCUUGCAGGGUGAGGAGGAUUGUUUGUGUCUGCCAACACUAUAAUCUUGCUCACACUAGCCUGCCUCUAAUCAGAGUCAAGUUUUAGCUUCCAAAUUCCUGUCUGCUUGGUGUGCUCUGACACCUCCUCACUUUCAGCAGGUAACUCCUAGCAAGGCCUGGGCAACUCCAGUUGCUGCUUUCCCCGAAUCCUCGGACAUUGCCAGGAGCUCAUCUGGUUGGUGUGCGAUGAAGGGGUUCGCCGUGUUUGGGGAUGGAGAUUGCUAGCAUUUCUUCCCCGCUCAUACGGAUUGGGAAUGGGACUUAACCGUCUACAGUUCAAUCACUGAGCUGUUACUGAGAGAGAGGGUGGACCCCAUACAGUCACCAUACACGUUGACCAAUCCACAGAGCAACUGUGAUCAAUUCCUAUUUGUGGUCAGGUUUUAGUGAGUAAGCCCAAGAUCUUGUACUUACACUCGAGCUCAUGAGAACUACUCGUGAUUCUCUCUAUGUAAGCUCUUUGCCUCUUGUUUCCCAGUGACUCUGUGAGGGUUUUGAUGCUGUGCAUGAUUGAUGUUGUGUAACUGCUCCCAGGCCCUCCUGCUGUCCUCUUGUCAGGUUUUCUAUAAGCUUAAACAGCAUGGGAAAAUGUGCUUUGUCACUGGCCUGGUGUUCCCAGUGCAAUGGUGUGAUUGUGCUGCAGCUACAGACCAGCUUGGAAAUCCUAGCUCACCUAUUACUGAAGGUUUGUGAUGUUUUACUGUGCUUUUCAUCAGUUUAUUCAACAUGGAGAGUCUGAAGCCAUGACUUUUCACAUCACAGCUUGGAGGACACUUCUUUCUUUUACCUUUCCUUCUCCCUUAUUCCUUGCCCAUUCCUUCCUUUCCCGUUCCCUCCCCAUCUCUCCCUCAUUGCGCUCUUACCAUCCUGCCAUUCCAAUCUACUGCAGGAUUCCUGCCCGUUCCCUUUCAUGCACUGGCCAGAGCAUGUUGCUGAGGGUGCUAUUGCUCCUCUGGGAGACAGGCUGGAACUGACUGGGAUUGAUCAGUGUACGCCCCACCCCUGGGCUCCUACCCACCCCCAGUGUUUGGGGGUUUUGAAGGAGUGAUUGAAAUAUUGACUCAGACUCUUCCCCCUUUUGAGGCAUUUAUUAUAAGUUUUAAAAUGUAAGCUUCACUUUGAUAUUUUGUAACCAUCACUGCCAUGUAUGUAAAGCAAUGAUUAAAGUCUCCAGUAUCAACUAGU